GUUUCUGGGGGCUUGUCAACAAUGCAGGAAUAUCAACAUUUGGCGAGACAGGGUGGCUGUCUAUGGAGAAAUAUGAAAAAUUUGCAGAUGUGAACCUCCUUGGGAGCAUCAGGACAACCCUGGCAUUUCUUCCCCUUCUAAGGAAAUACAAGGGACGCAUUGUUUUCAUGUCCAGCAUUGUUGCCUAUUUUUCUCUGGGAAAUGGCAUUUAUUCUAUGACCAAGGCGGCUAUUGAAAAAUUUUGUGAUGCUCUAAGACUGGAAAUGAAGAAGUUUGGUGUCCAGGUCUGCAUUAUUCAGCCAGGAAAUUAUGCACGCUCUACAAAAAUUCAGCCACCAGUCAGUGCCGAAGAGAUUUGGAAUGAACUCAGCGAAGAGGAAAAGGCAGUUUACAAUAAGGAGUAUGUUCAAGAGCGAGCAAACUUUUUCAACAACAUUCUCAGUGAAGGAAGCACUAACGGCAAUGAGGUUGUAGAUGCUAUGGUAGAUGCUUUAACAUCUCCUGCACCCAAGGCACGUUACAUGGUAGCAAAGCUGAAGGAAAAAGCACUGGUGCUUGUGUGUGCUUUAUUCCCAACCGUUGUGAUGGAUUCCGUUUUGUCGUUUGCUCUGAGUAAAGUAAAACUUGCAUAA